GCGCAACCAAAAGAGAUACGAAGAGCUGGUGGCGGUGGAGCGGAGGGAGCUGAAGUGCGAGUGCAACCAAACUGUACCGUGAGUGUAACAAUGGGCUGUAGCUCAGAUGAUGUUAGCGACGAAGGGGCAGAGGAGAUGGAGUACACACAGGUUAAAAUAGCAAGGAAACAGUCAUGGUCAGAAGCAAGCAGCGGGAAAGAUCAUGAUGGAAGACAAACAAAGAAAAAAAUACGAGCUAAAACAAAUGGCAAAGAAGAGUCAGAUGAAGAAUACAAAGUUCUUAUUACAAUGAGCAAAGAUAAAGGACAUUUUCACCCAGUUCAUCUGACUAAAGCAAUUGAAAAAGAAAUAGGGAAAGUUAAAUACGCCAAAAUGCUCAAUAACAGAAGAAUACUAAUUUCGACAGCAAAUAAAAGACAGCAAGAAAACAUUAUGAGAUUGAAGUACCUUGAUGGAGGAGAAAUAAAAGUACACAUACCAGGAGAGGCAGCAGUAAUAAGAGGAGUUAUAUCAAACGUACCGUUGGAAAUGUCCAUGGAUGAGGUGAAGAGAGAAAUAAGAGGUGGCAAAAUAACAGAAGCUAGACGACUCCAAACCAGCAGAGGAGGAGUAAAAAGUGACAGUUUGUCUGUAUUACUUGUAUUUGAAAAGACAAUACCGACAGACAUACGUAUAGGAUGUAUGAAUUUUAGGGUGAGGGAGUACAUUCCUCAACCACUAAGAUGUUACAAAUGUCAGAGAAUGGGACACACGGCACAGCAAUGUCAGUGGAGGCAAAGGUGUGCAAAGUGUGGUGGAGAACAUGACUAUGGGAAGUGUGCUAGCGAUGCUAAACUAAGAUGUUGCAAUUGUGGAGGAGAACAUAGUGCCGCAUAUGGCGGCUGUGAAGUGCAAAGACAUGCCAAAGAAGUGCAAAAAUACAAAAGAGAAAAUAAGGUAUCAUAUGCUGAAGCAGUAAAGAAUAUAGGUAUGUGUGUAAUUAAGCAAAAUAAACCAGUAGAGAAUCAGGAAACUCAUAUAGACCAGACAGGACAAGUAGUAGGGCUUCCUCAGAGAACAGACCAUAGAAGAUCUCAAUCAGAAUGGAAUGCUCCUCAACAGAAAUGUAAUCAUAAGUGUGCAAUUGAAGAAGACACAUUAGUAGUAAAUAAAAAGAACUUUGUAGCUUUUAUAUGUAAAGUCAUCAAUGUGGCCACGAGGCAGGAAAGGAAAAGUGACAGGAUCAAAACGGUUGUGGAAGCGGCAGAACAAUAUUUAAACAUCAAAGACGUGAAAGCAGAAGAAAUACAUAGUAUGUUGACUAUACAUAAUGAUGCAGGACCUCAGAACGGUAAUUAAAAUCACAAUGGUACUCCACAUCCUACAAUGGAAUGCAAGAAGUUUAAUAGCAAAUGGACAAGAACUUAAGAAAUAUAUAACAGAAAGUAGGAAAAGACCUGAUAUUAUAUGUGUGCAAGAAACGUGGCUUAGACCACAGCUGGAUUAUGUGUUGAAUGGCUAUGAAUCAGUGCGAUUCGAUCGAAAAGAAAACCAAGGGGGAGGGUGUGCAACAUUGGUGAGGGAUGGAAUAAUAUAUAAUAGAAUAACAACAGCAAAUGAAAUAGAAUGUGUGAUUGUUGAAAUACAUCAAGCAAAUACAAAUAUAAUCAUUAUUAAUAUAUAUAACCCCUGUAAACUACUAGAUGUUGAAACAAUGGAGAAGAUAAUAAGGAGGCAUGGUGGUAGAGAGAUCUGGUGUGGGGACUUUAAUGCACAUAAUAGUUUAUGGGGAAGUAAGCAAACAGAUCACAAUGGAAUAGUAGUAGAAGAACUCAUGGAUAUCAGACAGUUAGUAUGCUUAAACAAGGGAAAUGGAACAAGAAUAGAUAUACGGUCAAAUACAAUGUCAUGCAUUGAUUUAACUCUGGUCUCACAUAGCUUGGCAAGUUCCUGUGAAUGGUAUGUAAAUGAAACCACAAGUAUAGGAAGUGACCAUUUUCCGAUAAGUUGUACAAUAAACGCAGAAGUAGAUAUCAAAGAAAGACACAGACAUAAAAAGUGGUGCUUUUCAAAAGCGGAUUGGAGAAAAUUCAGGGAGGAAUGUAGUAAAGCAGCAAAUUCAAUAUCAAUGGAAGGUGGCAUAGAGGAAUGCACAGUUAAGAUCACAAAUAAGAUAAUAGAGGCAGCAAUGAAAAGUAUACCGUGUAAGUCAAUUGGAGGGGAAAGGAAAAUGGUUCCAUGGUGGAAUGAAAAGUGCACAACAGCUGUAAAAGAAAGAAAUUGCGCAUUAAGAAGGUUAAGGAAGAACCUCAGCCAAGAAAAUGUAAUAAAUUAUCAGAGGAAAAAAGCUAGAGCCCGAAGAGUAAUUAAAAACAGUAAACAAAACGCAUGGAGGGAUUAUUGCUCUGCCAUAGGAAGGGAAAUUAAGAUAGGAGAUGUAUGGUCAAUGUUAAAGAAGAUGAGUGGGAAAAACGUGUUUACUAAAAUACCUAUAUUAGAAGAUAAGGGAACAAUGUAUGUGACUGAUAAAGAAAAAGCAAAUGUGCUGGGGAAAAAGUUUGCAGGGGUGCAUAGUGGAGACCAUCUGGAUGAAAAUCAUAGACGAGGGAAGGAGAGGAUGAUAAAAAAGAAUAGGGAUGUGUUACUAAAACAGGAUAGUGAGGAGAGUGUGAUGGAUGUUGAAAUUAAUAUCAAUGAAUUGCUAAUAGUAUUAAAUAAAAGUAAAGAUACUGCAACAGGAGAAGACCAAUUGAGUUAUAUUAUGUUCCAGAAUCUACCAGAAAAUAUGCUGGGAAAAAUAUUAGAUUUAUUUAACAAAAUAUGGGAAGAAGGGAUAAUACCAAAGCAAUGGAAAAGUGCAUUAAUUUUACCAUUUAAUAAACCCGGUAAGGAUCCAAAACACCCUGUGAAUUAUCGACCUAUUGCUCUUACAUCACAUCUAUGCAAAUGGAUGGAGAAAGUUCUAGUCAGAAGACUUAACUAUUUCCUUGAAAGUCGAGAGUUACUUACAACUUAUCAGUGUGGGUUUAGAAAAGGACGAUCAACAAUGGAUGCUGUAGUUAGAGUAAGUAAUGAAAUAGAGAAAACCUUUAAAAUGAAAGAGUUGAUGAAUAUUGUAUUCUUUGAUAUUGAAAAGGCUUAUGAUUCCAUGUGGCGGGAGGGUUUAUUGAUUAAGAUGAAUAGGAUGGGAAUUAGAGGUGGGUUCUAUAACUGGGUCCUUGAUUUCAUAUCGAACAGAAAGUUCAAAGUUAAAGUAGGAUCAGAGAUGUCAGAAGAAUACAGUAUAGCAAAUGGUAUACCACAGGGGAGUGUAAUUAGCCCAGUUUUGUUUAACAUAAUGAUAAAUGAUAUAUUCAUGAAUCUGGAUAGAAGGAUUGGGUCGGCCCUAUAUGCAGAUGAUGGAGUGAUUUGGGCAAGGGGACGAGAUUCUAUAAAUGUGACAAGUAAAAUGAAGGAAGCAAUAAAGAAGAUAGAACAAUGGUCAUAUGACUGGGGAUUUAAGCUAUCACUCAAUAAAACAUGUUACAUGACGAUUACCCGGAAAAAAGGCAUAAAAAAUCAGAACCUGAUGCUAUAUGGACAAAACAUGAUAAAAGUAGAUCAUUUUAAAUAUCUUGGUAUGUGGCUAGAUCAGAAAGGCACAUGGAAGACCCAUGUGGAAAAGGUAGAAGAGAAAUGUAAGAGGAUAAUAAACUUAAUGAGAGCUGUUACAGGUAAGGAGUGGGGAGCAGAUAAACAGUCACUAAUAUAUAUAUAUAGAGCUUUGAUGAGAGCAAAUAUAGAUUAUGGAAGUUUUGUAUAUGGAGCUGCAGCUAAAACACAUUUAAUGAAAAUAGAAAGAAAUAUUCACAAAGCAUUUAGGAUAUGUACAGGUGCAAUCAUAUCAACACCAAUUAAAGCAAUGCAGGUUGAGUUAGGAGAAGUACCGUAUGACCUGAGAAGAGAUCAACUUAUGUUAACAUACUGGAGUAGACUUAAAGGAUGUAGGCAUGGACAUCUGGCCAAGAAUGUGAUAGAGGAAUGUUGGGAGUAUAAUACAACUAAAAGUAAUAGCUUUGGGUGGGUAAUUAAAGAUAAAAUAGAUAAAUAUAACAUAAAAAAUAUACAUAUUAAUAAUUCUACACCCAUAAGCAAUAUUCCUAUCUGGCUAUUUCCGAAACCUGAAGUAGAUAUACAUAUAACAGAGUUAAAAAAUAAAUGGAAAGAUAAUGAAAAAGGACAUAAGGCAAGUCAAUAUAUUAAAAACAAAUAUUAUGGUUACUUAGAUAUGUAUACAGAUGGAUCAAAAAGCGAAGAAGGGAAGGUGGGGAUUGGAAUUUAUGUACCAACAAUGAAUUAUAGCAUCAUUAAAAGAUUACCUGACCAGCUAUCGGUUUAUACAGCAGAAAUGAUGGCAAUUAUUAUAGGCUUGCAAUGGAUAGAGGAAAUAAAACCAGAUAGAGUGGUAUGUUGUGUGGACUCUCUGGCAGCAUUAUAUAGUAUUAAAAAUAUGGAAUCAAGUCGAGAGGAUUUAUUAUUAGAAAUACAUCAAAACUUAUUCCAACUACAUAUGUUAAAAAUAGACAUAAGAUUUUGCUGGGUGCCUGCACAUGUAGGGGUGGAGGGGAAUGAGGUGGCAGAUAAAAUGGCUAAAAUGGGAAUUAGAAGGAAUGAAAUGAUAGAUAUACCUGCUGGUAAAGGCGAAGUAAAGGCAAUAAUCAAAAAACAAAUGAUGGAGAAAUGGCAAAAUAGGUGGGAUGAGGGUAGUAGCGGGAGAAAGUAUUAUAAAGUACAAAAAUCUAUCAGCACACAAGGGGUGAAGAGAAAAAACAGAAAAGAGGAAAUAGUGUUAACUAGGAUGAGGCUCAAUCACACCGGGUUAAAUGACAAGAUGUUUUUGAUAGGGAAAUGUAAAUCAAAAGUAUGUAUGGAAUGCAAAAGUAUAGAGAACGUAGAACACAUAUUACUACACUGCAAGAGAUAUAGGGAAGAACGUGUAACGUUAAGGAAAAGAAUUAAGAAGAUAGGAAGGGAAUGGAGCAUUGAGGGUAUCUUAGGAACAGGUGGGGAGGGGGAAAGAGAUAUACAGAGGGCAGUGAUAGAAUAUUUGAAGGACACAGGAUUAUAUAAUAGAAUAUAGAUAAGUAUUAGAAUAUUUUAGUAUUAUAUUAUAUAGUAUUAUAUAGUAAUAUAUAGUAUUAUAUAAGUAUUAUUAUUAGGAUUAUUAUUAGUAGUAGUAUAAGUAGUCUCCUCACUAUCUAAGAUAGCAUAAAGUAAGAUACUGUAUAUGGCCCAUGUUACAUACUCCGGUACAGUAGGUGGCGGUAUGCACCUUUUCAAGUCAUGGUUGCAACCCGCCAUUAAACUAAAAGAAAAAAAAAAAAAAGAAGAAGAAGAAGAAUCAAACCGAAAACAGCAGCAGUCGACAAGUUCGAAUAGUCAUUCGUCAUGUAUAAUGGCAGUAUCUAUGUCUUGCAAGCUUUUGGCAAGUGUCAAAGCGUUUUUUAACACGCUCGUGUCGUUUCAAGAGGAUAAAAGCGAUGAUUCGUGCACUUAUGGGGAUGAAGUCCAAAUAUUGAAGAGGAGAGGAGACAGAAUUGCGGUGCUGGAUUUGGACUGUGGAAACCAAGAAGUGCUCAUUUGUGAAAAAGCUGUUCCAAAGUUAAAUGACGCUGAUGAGGAUGCAAGGCUUGAGACAUCAAACUACAAUAAUGGUGAUACGUUCAUUGACCUUCAGACUGAACUGGCACCACUGCCACUCACCAUCAAUAAAGCGAGGCAAUUGUUGUCUUGGUACACAUUAUCCCAAAAUGCCAAUGUUCAUGCUGUGGACUAUUGUGCCCUGCCACCUCUGUGGAUACGAUGUGACAUGUCAGAUCCAGCUCAGACAGCCUGGGUUGGAGCUCAGGGAGUCUGCGUGGGCAAUAAAGUGUCUAGUGUUAAAUUAUACACUGUCACAUGCAAAGGCCCUGUUGUGGACAAAAAACAGCUUCUCACUUUAGAUGAGCUGAAAUGGGAGCACAAGAAAAGGCAUUACACAACAACGAUGGCGAUUAAAGGAAGCGCCCGCUUCCUCUUGUUUGGCUCCACUGUAGUUGAAAACACUACAAUUGAGUCACAAAGUAGCGUGACAGUAGAUUUCAAGUGGAGCCAUGUGGAGAGUGUUCUUGAGACACCGCCCCUGUCCUCUACAGCCACACUGAAUAUCAAAGUUGCAUGUGGAGACAUGAGGAGCCCCAUGUUUGAGAUGUACAGGGAGCUGCAGUUUCUUCAGGUUCUUGCUGAUGGUUUGAGAACAGGUGAGACGGAGUGGCUGGACCCUUUGGAAAGCAAGUCUGCUGUGGAGCUUACCAAGGACUACCUUGAAGAGAUACAAGGCACUGCAAAAUCCCAACAGGAGCAUACUUCCAAAUCAGCAGAGCCAAAAUCUGAAAACGACACACCCAUUUUUAACUCUUUCCUGGAGCGAGGGGAUUUGGAUUUUGUGGAGCAGCUGUGGGUACGCAUGAGAAAAAGUGUGACAUCAUAUCAAGACAUCACAGACAGCCUGAAAUUGGUCAUCGAGGCUUUGACAUAUGGCGACAUCAAACCUUGGAUUCACAGAGACAGUAGCAGCUCGCUCAGCAAGCUCAUCCUGCAGUCCUACCACCAGCAGAUCGAGCAUGUGUCACUUACAGGCCUCACGCCUGUCCAGAUGUUACUAGAAAUGGGCCUGGACAAGAUGAGGAAAGAUUACAUAAACUAUCUUAUUGGGGAAGAAUUGACAACUCUGAACAACUUGCAUUAUUACCUAAGCACAGAGGUGGAUUUGCAGGAGCAGGUAAUCCGGCUGAGGAAACUGCACCAUCUGCUGGAAAUAAUUGUGACUUGCAGCACCUUCCUUGGUUUGCCCUAUGACAGGCUCUUCCUCCUCACGCAAUCGUGUUUACAGCACUACAAAAUGUCCCCGUAUGAUGAGGAGCAUGAAUUCAAUCUUCAAAUCAAACCAGGGCUGAUCAGCCAUUUCUACCAGAAGGAGAAUCCAGUUGUGUGGGGACUGGAAGUGUCUAGUGGACAUGGUCCUCGUGAAGUAAAGACAGUCUUCCAGAUCAGUGACAGACCACUGGUGGAUCAUGUAAUCUUUGAAACAGUGAUCGAGGACAGUGUGGAAGCGGUCUAUUUCUCCACCUUGGUGUGCUGCAGCCUUGUCAACUUGGAAUGAAUCUACACUGAGACUGGUUAAGUAGAACCACUAAUCUUACAGUGAGGUUUAUUGCGCCGUUGCAACUUCUACAACCUGUAAAACACAGAGUGGAUAUUUUUCACAGCAAUAUUUUAAUGGGAAAAUUCAAAAUGUUACAACUGUUAUAACUGUUUACACAUCAAAAUAAAAUUCAAUCCAAAUAGUUUACUGUAUUUAUGUUCACACACACAGUUCAUUGAAAUAUCUGCUUCACUUAAAAAUAAAUGUGUGUGCGCCUUCUAGGGAUGGGUAUCGAUACUCGGCACCUUAAUGGCACGAGUGCAUACGUAAACGAUAGUGAUCAGACUGAAAGUAGAUAUCGAUGCCUCCUUUUGGUGGUAAAAUAGUAGUUACUACUUUUUUACUAUUUAAUUGUAAUUGUAUUUCUUGUUAUUUUAGUACUUUAAUUACUAUUCUGUUCAGCUUCCCAUCCAUCCAUGUUCUAUGCCGCUUAUCCUCACUAGGGCCACAGAGGUAAGCUGGAGCCUAUCCCAGCUGACUUCAGGCAAGAGGCGGGGUACACCCUGGACUGGUCUCUGUUCAACUUGUACAUCACAAAAUUCAAUGGAAGUAAAAAGGCAUUUUUUUGGACAAAAUUUGUAUGUUUUCCUUUUUAAGUACUGGUUCGGGCACUGUUUCAGAAGUACUGACUUAGCACGGGUAUCAGGUGGUAGAUGCUAAACAAUACCCUACACUACAGCAUCUUCUCACAGUUGUGUAUUGCGGGGUUGUCACUGUGCUCAAGUUUGUUUUUUCUCUCUCUGCUAGUUCCGCCUCUGCAGCAGGAACAUGAGGAAGAUGGCACUCAGUAAAAUGGAGAGUGUGCACACAGUUGGAACAACAAUCUCUGUUACCAUCUCCAUGUGACUGGUCAGUGGGUCUGUAAAGAAGACACACAUCAUUUAGCAACUGAUCAGCAAUACAUUUUAUUUUUGCUAAUUAAGCAUGUUGAUGCUAAAACACAGAACUCAAAGGGUUUGUUGGGUUUAAAAAUUAUUUGCAUCUUUAUUUUAAUCUCUCUGGAGCACAGGUGGUGUCUUACCAUGUAUAAGUCUUAGAAUAUUGGCAGCAGUACUCCGCUGUUCCUCUAUUAAAAAAAGAGAAAUAACUCAGAGUUGAUUAACAACAAUAAUAAAUAAUUUCAAUUAAUAAUAACCCUUUGAGAACUGCAUGCAUCCAAUAAAAACUAUGACAACAAACAACUUUGCACUUCCACCAAGCAACUCCAAAAUGACAAACUGUAUUUUGUAUCCAUCCACUUAUCAUAUGUAUCCUAAAAUUUGCUCAAGUUGUGUGGUUAUGCAUAUAGUGAGAUACCUCAGACAGAGGUCUAUCAGUAGAUGUAAUGCUGACUGCUCAUUCGAUUUAGAUACAUUGGUAAAGGUGGUUAGGUGACACACUUCGAACAUGUUAGUAAUGUAAAGAACCACAAGACCACAAAAUGAGACAUGGCAUUUAAGUGACAAUUUGUACCCUCAAUCAAGUUUAAACUUCAUCAUGCACAGGCCAAACCCUUGGCUUUUCUGCAUGUUCCGUGGCUUUUCUUCUAGCUGGAGGGUCAAACAAAAGAAGAUGUCUCAGAUUUCCUCUGCCAGGUUUCAGUAUUGAUACUACUAAAUUUACUGUACCUCCACCAAGGUCAUAGGAUAGCCACAAAAACUGCAAGCACAUUUUGGUGUGGAUCCAGGAUUUUUUUUUCAACAUUAUGAGAUUGUACAUUUUACAUAAUUUAUGACUGAAUCUUAAAUCGAUGUUGACAAAAUUCAGACACGACGGUGUAGCUGUUGAUCCUAAUUAAGGUUGUAAAUAUGGCCUUGGUGAACGUCUACUGAUUGCCAUUCUAGUUUUAAGGCAAUGUCACAUGCUCUUUCAUUAAUUUUAAAUUUUAGGUCAGAAUCUUUAUUUGUUUACCCCAGCUAGUUGUUUGAGUCUGAUUAUGUGAUGGACGUAAGGGGUGUUUAAAAAAAAAAAAAAAAAAAAAAAAAAACUGUCAACUCACCUGCAGCAAGGAGCUGGUUGCUUGAUGAGCAGGUCUCAACAGCCUUCCUCCUCCAGUUCUCAACCUGUACAAACCAAUCAUAUUUACAUCACUGACAUGAUAGUGCAUGUACUGU